CCAACGAAAAUUUUCCUAUGUCUUCGUAAUGCGAACUACUUCCUUUUUCCCGUGUACUUUUGACAACACGAGGUUAUAAUUUCUGUUUAGCCAAAAAGCGCUAAAUAUGACCGAAGAAAACUGGAACGACGAUAACAUGGACGUUGGCAGCAUGGCUGUGGAAAGCAUGCCAUUGCCCCAGCCGGCUGACAUUCCCGAAAUCAAACUUUUCGGACGAUGGAGCUGCUAUGAUGUUCAGGUUUCCGAUAUGUCUCUCCAGGAUUACAUAUCUGUUAAAGAAAAGUACGCCAAAUUUCUGCCUCACUCUGCUGGCAGGUAUGCUCACAAGCGAUUCCGUAAAGCUCAAUGCCCGAUUGUAGAGCGUCUUACAAACUCUCUGAUGAUGCACGGCCGUAACAAUGGCAAGAAAUUAAUGGCAGUUCGUAUAGUAAAGCACGCUUUUGAAAUUAUCCACCUUUUGACUGGAGAGAAUCCCCUGCAGGUACUGGUUACCGCUAUUAUUAACUCAGGACCUCGUGAAGAUUCUACUAGGAUUGGUCGCGCUGGUACCGUCCGUCGUCAGGCUGUCGACGUUUCGCCCCUUCGUCGUGUGAACCAGGCUAUCUGGUUGCUGUGCACGGGAGCGCGUGAAGCCGCAUUCAGAAAUAUCAAAACCAUUGCAGAAUGUGUAGCUGAUGAACUUAUCAAUGCUGCAAAGGGUUCAUCAAACUCUUAUGCCAUCAAAAAGAAGGAUGAGUUGGAGCGUGUUGCUAAAUCCAACCGUUAAGUUUCAUAAGGAUUGGUCAAUAAAAUUUUAAAAUAUA